AUGGAAACAGCAAUUGAUGGUAUCCAUGCCGCUAAAAUGAGCAUAAGCUUAGAACGAAAGUGUAGUUAUCUCGUUAUAGCUUCUGCUUCAACAAUGUUUCAGAGCAAUAUUAAUUCUCGCGGUGAAAGGAAUCGUAAAUUAACCAUGGCUUUUAAUUAUAUUCAAAUAUAUGAACUAGGUUUAUUAAAGUCACAUAAAAUGCGGGAGAAAAUGUUUCACCUGCCUAAACAUCUGAUUGGCAUAACUGGGGAAAGCAAUAAUACUAGUAAUAGAGAGUUCUAUAAAUUCUUAUUUAGAAGAGCUAUAAGGUCGCUUCUAACACUGUCUAAGGAUGGUGAGGAACAGACUGGAACUGUAUGGUCACAUAGUCUAUUCUUCUUUUGCAAAGAAUUUAAAUCAGAAUAA